GAAAGAACACACUUCUCUCAGGCUCUUGUCGUUUGUUUUCGGACGUGAUAUUUCUUCACAAAGCGAACUAUGUCGGACUCUUUAGCGAAUGACAGCGGUGACUUGGAUCAGGAUGACAGCCAGGAGGAGCUUAUGACCCCGGCGGAGCUCAUCUCCAGCCUGGAAGAAGCUUGGCUGAAUGAGAAAUUCUCCCCGGAGCUGCUGGAAAGCAAGUCGGAGGUGGUGGAGUGUGUGUUGGAGCAGCUGACUCACAUGGAGUCUAACUUGCAGCGGGUGAAGAAAGGCGAUGCUAAGGCCAGCAUCCACCGCAUGGAAGUAGACCGAAUCCGCUUUGUCCUCAGCAGCUAUCUGCGCUCUCGUCUGCAAAAGAUUGAGAAGUUUUUCCCACAUGUUUUGGAGCGUGAGAAAUCUCGAGGUGAAGGAGCUCCAUCUCUGCUUUCACCAGAAGAAUUUGCUUUUGCCAAAGAGUACCAUGCUAACACAGAAACCUACCUGAAAGCUGUAGCACUGAAGCGCAUGCCACCAAACCUGCAGGCGCUGGAUUUGCUGAAAGCAGUUCCAGAGCCCUGCUUGGACUCAUUUGUGUUCCUGCGAGUUAAAGAAAAACAGGAAAACAUCUUAAUUGAGCCAGAAACAGACGAUCAGAGAGAGUACGUAGUGGACCUAGAGGAGGGUUCUCAGCACCUGAUGCGGUAUCGAACUAUAGCACCGCUCGUGUCAAGCGGAGCCGUGCAGCUGAUUUGAAUGUUGAGGUCCGUACACUGUCUGUUUCUGUACUUCAUUCUGCUGAAAUCACACCAGGAAACCUAACCUUCUGCCCCGCUCUAAUCUUGGAAGAACUGUAUUGUGGGAUACAACUGCUGAGAAGUUAGUAACGCCACGGUUCAUCGAAGAUACUCGUGAGGAGACGUGACGGCUGCGGAGGAGCGCUUUUCACUUGAUUGGCUUUUUGCAGCGCGGCGGUGUUAUUUUUGGGUCUUUCAUAUCAUGUCACAACAUGAGUUUGGUUACAUAAUUCUAAUGUAUUCUGUUUGUUGAUGUCUGUGUGACUGCGAAGCCCCUUCCAGCUCAACUGCUAAUUCAUCGCUCCCUCUGUUACUAUAUCCAAAUGAUUCACAUUAUUUGACGUUUUCGGCCCUGCUCAAUAACAAGAUGCAUCAGAUGACCCGAAGGUGAAAUUUCAUCAGUUCAGUUGGCAUCACAAUGCCUGCUUCAUGAGGAACACAUGUUUAGACUCGUGCAUCUUUGAAAAUCUGUUUUUCUUUAAUCCCUGGUUUUCAUGUUUUGAGUUGUACAUAAUAUGUUGUAAACAGUAAAAAUCAUCUUCAAGUGUCUUAUGUGCACCUCUUUAUUUUCAUACCAAAUCCUAUUUUUAUAUUAUUCUUGAGCCUCACAUGUUUGGA